CUCACCGGCCCGCGAGCGCCAUGGGGUCGUCAGGACCGCGCCGCCACCUCGGCAGCCUCGGCCUCCUGGAGGUCCUCAUCGCCGUCCUCGCCGUGGCCCUCGCCGCGCUAUCCGCCGCAUCGACUGCCGCUGCAAACGACGACGCGGAGUGGGACGCCGUGUCCGAGUACCCGGGCGCCGAGCGGCAGGGCGCCAUCCUGCAGGCGCUGUCGCUCGGCCUCAACUUCACCAACGUGUCCAGGAACGACUGCGUCUGGAGGAAGCUGCAGGAGUCGCACGACGCGUGCCCCGGCGAGGAUGUGACCGUCCACCUCUACACCAGCACCAACGAGUCUCGUCUCGUCAACGUGUCCGAGGCCAACAGCCUGCUGGAGGGCGACUGGGACCCCCAGAAGCACACCAUCGUGCUGGUGCACGGCUACGGCGGCGCCCACGACACGCUGCCGCUGACCAUCCUCCGCGACGCCUACCUGCUGGCCGGCGGCUACAACGUGCUGGUGGUGGACUGGUCGCCGCUGGCGCGCCUGCCCUGCUACCCGGCCGCCGUGCACAACUCGGUGGUGGCGGCGCGCUGCGUGGGCGGCGUGGCCCGGCUGCUGCGCGACUCGGGCGCCCGCGGCGACGCCUGGACCUGCGUCGGCCACUCGCUGGGCGCGCACGUGUGCGGCGUCAUGGCGGACACGGUCAUGUUCCGCGUGCACAAGAUCAUCGGGCUGGACCCGGCGCGGCCGCUCAUCCGGCCGCAGAACAAGCACCGCCUGGACGCCGGGGACGCGAGCGUCGUGCACGUCAUGCACACCAACGCGGGGCACUACGGCGAGCUGGGCGCCAUCGGCACGGCCGACUUCUGCGUCAACGGCGGCCGCAGCCAGCCCUUCUGCUCCGCGGCCAAGAACCCGAACCUGUGCAGCCACCUGUCGUCCAUCUGCUUCCUGGCCGACUCCAUCGACGGCCAGUCGCCGCUGGUGGCCGAGCCGUGCGGUCGUCGCUGCCCCAGCGCGCGCCGCCAGCAGAGCGAGCACAAGCAGCGCCUGGGGCUGCCGUCCUCGCUGGGCCAGCACACCCCGGACAGUGCAUCGGGCACCUUCUGCGCGACGAGCGACGCGGAGCCCUACUGCCAGAGAGAGCCCGGCGGCCGCGGCCACCCGCGCUGCUGCCCGCCGAGGCACCAGGCCGCCACCACGACCACCACGGCGGCGCCCAGCACGGCCGCGGCCACCACGACGGACGGGGCGGACGCCGCGAAGGACGAGGCGGCCGCGACCGCAGCGCAGGUGACCGCAGGGCCGAGCACGGCCAGCACCGUGGGUAGCACCCUGGGCACAGAGGCGGCGACCGAGACCCCGGCUCCCACCACCGAGAGCAGCUUCAAAGUGGGGGCCGCGCUGCCUGCCCUGCCCACCACGACCACGACCACGACCACUACGACGGCCGCGUCGCAUGGAUUUUCCCCCGUCACAUUUCCCAUGAGAGCCGACAGGGUGACCCUCCCCGACCAGAUGAGCUCCCAAGUCGGCGACCAGAUCCCCGAGACCACCCAGCAGGUCUUCUCCCCGACGACCGUCCGCCCCCUCUCGUUCCCGACGCAGCCGCCCGCGUCGCCCGCCGACCAGGACCCCACGGUGGACGACAUCCCCGUGGUCAUGAUGCCCCCGCCGAUGCCGCUGCCAGACUGGACGCCCGUCAUGUUCGUGGACGACAAGGGGCUGCCCGAGGCAGCGAGGCCGCAGGAGCCGCUCCUCGUACCGCAGCGUCCGUCAGCGCCCGCCAGCCCGCUCCCCGCCAUGCCCUGGGACCUCCCCGGGGACGCGCAGGGCGCCUCGCUCCCGGGGUGGACGUCUCCGCAGCCGAUCACUCCGCAAAGGUGGACGCCGCCGCCCAUCAGGGUGCCGUCAGAGCCGGUGGCGGUCCCCGCGGCCCCCGCGACCCCGCCGCCGCCGCCCGCUGUCCCCAUCAGGUGGCCCACCGCCAUCCCCCCCGGAGUCCACAUUGUCAUGCCAUCGAAUGACACCUCACUGUACGAGGAGGCCGUCACCGAAGAGGGUCCCGUGAUUGCCAUCUACUCGACAAAGUCGCCUCUUGGACCACCGCCUCCAAAGAGGCCGCUGGUGGUCGUCACGGCCAACUCGGGGGCACACCCGCAGCAGCACCAGCCGCCGCCGCCUCAGCAGCAGCAACAGCUCCAGCCGCACGCUCCGCAGCAACAACCUCAUCCUCAGCACCAUCACCACCAACAGCAGCAGCAGAACGACAUAAGGGACAACCUCAUCGAGCCCUCGACCGCCUUCGCCGAGGUCACUCUGAGCCCCGCAGGCGUUUCAAACACCAUAAACAUGGAUGAGGAGAUGGCGGCCAUGACUGAGAUGAGCCCGCCGCGCCCCGAGCCCAUCCUGGUGGGCUUCCCGUCGCCGUCGCCGCCGUCCCCGGAGCCCGCCGUCCCGGAGGAGCCCGGCAUGAUCCCGGCCGCGGGGUCGCCGACGGGCGCCUGGCUGCCCAUGGUCAUGCUGCCGCCGACGCCCUUCUCGGUGGACUCGUGGGCGCUGCGCUACAAGGACCGCCUGCCCAGGCCGACGGCCGUGCGCAGGACCAGCUACAGGAAGCGGGUCUACGACUGAGGGCCGGGCGGCUCCGCUCGAGCAACGCGACGAGCAACGACUGCCAUGCUGUUACCAAAAAUUACUAUUUAUGUAAUUUAAAUAAAACUAUGUAAAUGAAAGAAAUUUAGUUUUAAGGAUCGGAGUGGUAGACUGUAGUAAAUGUUACAAAUUAAAACUGGAAAAAAAGAUGAA